AUGACAAGCACUUACUCUCAAGCACUGGGGGAGGCCUUGCACUAUCGCCACAGAAAAGUGGAGAAUUUAGUACCCAAUCUCCACAAAAAGGAGAAGUAUAUUCUCCAUCACCGAAAUUUGAAGUUGUACCUUGAUUUGGGGAUGAAACUCUCCAAGAUCCAUAGAGUCCUCCAGUUCAAGCAGGAGCCAUGGUUGAAAUAGUAAAUUGAUUUGAGCACGCAAAUUUUCUCUCAAGCGAAGAAUGGGUUUGAAAAGGACUUUUUUAAACUCAUGAACAAUAGCCUGUUUGGCAAAACAAUGGAGAACAUCUGCAAGCAUGUCAAUGUUGAGCUAGUCACGGAGUCUCAAAAACUGAAAAAACUGGUGGCUAAACCUACUUUCAAGGUCGCUAAGAAGUUUAAUGAACAUCUGGUGGGUGUGAAUAUGGUGAGAGAAAAGCUUUCAUUCAACAAGCGCGUCUACACCGGUUUCCCCUUGUUAGACCUCUCUAAGGUUCUCAUGUACCAAUUCCAUUACCAGUACAUUCUCCCCAAGUAUGCAAGCACUCAUCUAAAGCUCCUCUUCACCUAUACCGACAGCCUUUGCUAUCAAGUCUUCACCGAUGAUUUCUACCGAGACAUCCAACCAGACUUGGAGAAGUUUGACACGGCUGAUUACCCGAAACAACAUGUUCUCCACAGCCCCAUGAACAAGAAGGUGAUUGGGAAAUUCAAGGACGAAACCAGUAGCUGCCCCAUUCGGGAAUUGGUAGGGUUACGUCCGAAAAUGUAUAGCUUCUUUCUCAAAGAAGAUGGAAAGGAAAAAAAAGAAGACAGCCGAGGGUGUGAAGAAUUGCAUGACGGAGCGUGA